AUGAAUUAAGAAUUUGAUUCAGAAGACUCAAUCAACUCGGACGAAGCCAUCAAGGUUAUUGAGUUUAAGUACUUGACUCCAAAUUUUCAUCAUGAAUUGGAUGACAAAGGUACUUCAGUAAACAAGAGAAUGAAUGGCAUUAAUACAAUGAUGUGUAAGUUUAAAGAUGUUCUGGGAUGCAAGGAUGAUUUCUGUGUGUAAUCGUGUGGGUUUAAGUCCACUAAUCAAGUAUCUACUCAGAACAUGCACACUCAAAGUGGAUAAAAAAUCGACUAAACCCUAGAUAUAAUCUAAUAGACCGAAAUCCAUUUGGCCAAUUCUAGGAGGAGACAGAACUCCAGAAACUCUAUUGAUAAGCACCCUCGAGGCAGAUAACACCAAAAUUCACAAGCACUUUAAACAAAUUUAAUAUCAUCUCGUAAACCAAAGAGAUAAAUUUAUGUAACAUAAAUUGUUAAUGAUCACAACGAUCUGACUAGCUUUCCAUUCCCACAUCCACAAAGAGUAUCGAGGAUGCUUGCAAAUAACGAUGGUUUACAUUCUCAAAAAGGCAGUUCUGUCUCUACUCAGAAGGGCAUUUUGAAAUCAAGUUCUUUUGAAGUCAUCAAAAUUGGCAGUAGGUAGAGCAUGUAGAGUCUCAACAGUCCCAUGAUGAGACCCUCUAGUAAACGAGUCUCAUUUGAAUUUACGAGUGAAUAAUUACGCAAACUGAGAAAUCACACUACUAGCAUAGAUCCAUAAAAGUAUUAAAGAUUGAAGACUAAAUUCUAGAAAUGA